AUGUCGCAAAAGCAUAAAGUUGUCGUGAUCGGGUCUGGGAACUGGGGCUCCACGAUUGGGAAAAUCCUAGCCGAAAACACUAGAGAACACUCUGAACUCUUUGAAGAGAAUGUCUCGAUGUGGGUGUUCGAUGAAGAUGUUGAUGUACCCGAUGAUAAAACGCUUCGCGACCAACUGGGCGAUAAACCCGUGAAGCUCACACACGCCAUCAAUACAGUACAUCAAAAUCUCAAAUACCUUCCCGGGAUCAAGCUUCCAGUCAAUCUCAUUGCCAAUCCCGACCUCCAGGAUACAGUCAAAGGAGCGUCUAUUCUUGUUUUCAACCUUCCGCAUCAAUUCAUAUCUAAAACGCUUGAUCAAAUCGAUCAUCAGCAUCUCCCUUAUGCGCGAGGUAUUUCGUGUAUCAAAGGGGUCGAUGUCGCCGAUGGGACUGUGACGCUCUAUUCCGAGAUGAUCAUGGAGAAAUUGGGGAUUUAUUGUGGUUCUCUAUCUGGUGCCAACAUCGCGCCUGAGGUAGCCGCGGAGAAUUUGUGUGAGACUACUAUUGGAUACGAUGGGCCUCCUAUGGAUUACAAGCAGCCGGAUGGCUCACCUCAAGACAAUCUAAUUAAAGUGGACGAACAGCGCCAAAGCAAAUCUAAACCCAGCCACGUUAAGCUGCACCCAGUUCCCCAAACCUAUCCUCAUGUGGAUUCCGGCCUUUUGAAAAAACUCUUUAGCCGUCCAUAUUUCAACGUUAAUGUUGUGCGGGAUGUCUCUGGAGUGGCACUUGGCGGCGCGCUGAAGAAUAUCAUCGCAUUAGCUGCCGGCUUCGUUACAGGAAAAGGUUGGGGCGAGAAUACAAAGGCCGCUGUUAUUCGAAUUGGUGUCCUUGAAAUGGUGCGAUUCGGGCGCAUUUGGUUCCCUCAAUCCGUGGAUGAGAGAACAUUCACAGAAGAAAGCGCUGGAAUAGCUGAUUUGGUAACAUCUGCCAGUGCGGGGAGGAAUUUCCGGUCUGCAUGUCACGCUGUAGAGAAAGGAGUCUCUGUCGAUGAGAUUGAGAAGACGGAGUUAGGGGGACAGAAACUCCAGGGAACAUCCACCACUCGCGCGGUCUAUGAGUUCCUUGAGAAACAGGGACAACGCGAACAAUUUCCCCUAUUCGUGUUUGUUUACGAUAUUCUGGAAGGGCGCACGACAAUAGAUAGCCUCCCAGAGGUUUUGGACAAGGAAUCGAAGAUUAAAGCAUAUUAG